AUGGACGGAAGGUAUCCCGAUCUUUCACAAAUGUAUACGGCAUCGCCGUCAAACUCAAGGUCUCCAACAAAGUCCCCUCUUCUUUCUUCGACUCAAAAAAAACCCUUUGAUUUCGACUUUCAACCAAAAUCUCUUCCAGUCACUUUCCCUCAUCAUAAUAGAACACCAACUUCAGAAACUAGUCCAACUAGAGGUCUCUAUGGCACAUUAUCUCCAACUGCAUCGCCAUCGCGUCGUGUCCAGUUAAGACCUCCACGAAGGGGUCCCCUUUCACCACUCAGCGGCAGCGGUGGCCCAAAGAGGUUGGACACAGUGACAGGAAUUGUAACACAACUCCCAAGCCAGGAUCCGCCAUUAUCUCGACACACUCCAAGCCCACGACGCGUCAGUCCUCAACACACAACAACAAGCCCCCAUAAACCAAGUCCAUUACGAUCACCAGUACGAUCUGCUGCCGUGAGCACACUUGAGAACCAGGCAAAGGGCAUCUUGGCUACUUUAGAUACUGUACGAGCAUCACCCACACGAUCUAUUUCCGACUCAUAUGUGGUGCCAUCACAUGGUGUAACGCUAACCCCAUCACGACUUGGUAAAAAACGCUCUUUUUCUAACUCGUACUCGUCACCAACCCCCCACACCCUUUCUGCAACAGCUUCAACCCCUCGACGUGAUACCACUUCGUUCAGCAUGACAAGGGCCCAUACACAUGACGUUCGCAUGGACAAGAAACGGCGCAAAGUGACGUUUGAAGAUGAGAUGAUUACCAACGGACACAAGCCAUUGGACGAAAACUCAUUGGCAGCACUAAUUCGUGAAACACGUAACUCAAUGCCUCCACUGUCCAAAUCAAGCAGCCCUAAUACUAGAAGAGAUUUGCCGGAAAUUGCAACGGAGACCCAGGCGGUUAUUGUGAUUCAGCAACAGCUCAAGGAAAUGGAAAAACUGUUGAUGGGCAAACUUACAAGUCUCGAGAGCGAGCUCCAUAACCAGUCGCUGCGGAUUUCUCAGCUGGAAAAUGAAAAUCUUAAGCUGCGGUUACUUCUCAAGAGAUGA